UCGUCUCUGGGCGGAGAGAUGCAGUGGGCGAGGUUUAGCUGUACAAGACAAAAGAAAACGUUAAACGAAAACAAAGCGGGGCUCCUUGAUCUCCUGUCCAGUUUUGCUUAUAUCUAAGGGUAGGAAUUUGGUUUUAUAUGCAACAUUAGAUAUAUGCGCUGCUUUACGACGAAAUACAAAUAAGGAAGAGCGUAAAAUCAAGCACCUCCUGAGAGAAGAGAUUGUCAAAGAGUUUAUUAGAGCGAAAUUAUUUUCUGUUAACUUGUAAACGAGCUACUAGUUACAGUCGGUGUAAACCAGCGGUUAUAUAUGGAGAAUUGCGCAUAGACUAUCACUUUUCUAGACAUUAGUUUUUGGACGUGACAGUUGGUUGCAGUAUAACGUAAGGUCAUUCGUGCGCGCUCACCUUUCGUACCAUUUCUUAAAGAAAGACUGUGUUUCAUCUCAGUUGGAUAUUUUUCAUGGUGGUAAAAAUAAAUGAAAAAAAUAACAACACCGGGCAUAGAAGAGAUUAAAACCAGGAUUUAAUUUUAAAAACGAAAACUGCAGUCGGAAAUGAACGGGUUUCAGUCCGGUCCAGCGGAUUGUCCGGCUGGAAGCGUCUGCUCUAUUGAAGGCUUGCCUCCGUUACCUAAAGGACUGAGCGGUAUCCUCAACUCGAGCGGAGGCUCCUGGAGGGACAUUGAGAAGGUCUACAGCAAGAGGACGCGCAUCCAGGCGGACAUCAGCAAGUCCAGAGUGAGCGACUGUCUUGGCCGCAGUAAACCAGCGAGCCUUGACGCAGCGCUGGCCGUGCUGCGCAAAGAGAUGGUUGGACUUCGACAGUUAGACAUGUCCUUGCUGUGCCAGUUGUGGUCUCUAUAUGAGUCCAUGCAGGAAUACAAAGGAGCUUUCCAGGACAUCUCUUCUUCUCUGUGCGAGAGCUCCUUCAACACCGAAAAUGGUUAUUCUGAAGAUGAAGAGGAGGAAGAUGAAGAUGAACAUGAAAGAGAGAGUGGAGAGACGCUGUUGUCCCUUCCUCAGCCCACUCAGAACUCUCGAGACCAGUGGAUCAAAGACUCCUUCCACAUCCCCAUUUAAAUGAAGCAUGUGCUCUCUCAUCUACAGAAUGGAUCUGAUCUCCCAUGAUCCUCAUCACUAUAAACUGUGACAAACAUGACCCCAUUGUUUGAAGGAUUCCGUAAGCAUCAAAAUGAAACAAGGCCUUUAUUUUUGUGGGGUACUGUUACAAUGGUGAUUGUAAGGUUGUUUCAAGGGAACUAUGAAAAACUGCCUUUUCACUGCCUGUGAAGUUAUAAAGACCGGAUGAGGAUUGACAGGAAGAGGAUGUUUUAGCCAGAAACAGUGUGGUCAAGGAUGUUUUUCUACAUAUGGUAAAGGGUGUAUACAUCAAAAAAAAAAAAAAAAACACAUGCCUUACAUGCUAUUGUCUUUUGUGGUCACUAUUUCAUUAUAUUAUAUAGAUUUGUAUAUUAUCACUUAUCACUCUAUUUUCUCUAUCACAUACCAGCAUUUGCGAUACUGUUUAUUUUAUUAUACAGUAUUAUGUUUUCCACCUCUGUCUUUCAUUAGUAAGUUAAACACAACGCGGAAUGUGCUUUUCUGUACAAAAUAAAUAAAACAAUUCAAAUUU